GCUUUCUCUGUGCAAGUGUGCAUUUGAUCAGUGGCUCGGGUUUGUUUUUUGUAUACAGGUGUCUCCUGCUAGUGGAGAUGGAUAACAGACGGAAGUCAAGGCAGCUGAAAUGUUAUAGUCAGGCACUCUGUUAGACUGUCCUCAUGCUUUUUAUUCAAGACAACCUCUACAAAGAAUCUGUAAAAAUGAUGAUGAACAUUGUCCUUUUGUGUAUGAUCCUCUGCAUAUCGUUGUCCUUCUGGAUAAUAUCUAUUACUGCAAGUACAUAUUACGGCACACUAAGGCCCAUCUCUCCUUGGCGUUGGUUGGUAUCUGUAGUAAUCCCAGUUAUCAUUGCAUCUCAUGGAUUAAAAAGAAAAAGUUUGGAUCAUAGCGGUGCCCUUGCAGGGUUACUUGUUGGCUUCAUCUUGACUGUUGCCAAUUACAGCUUUUUUUCAGCUUUGCUUAUAUUUUUCUUUACUUCCUCCAAACUCACUAAAUGGAAAGGAGAUGUUAAGAAGCGCUAUGAUUCUGAAUAUAAAGAAGGUAAUUUAGUCUUUUAACUGCAACUGUGACAAAGGAAUUGGGUGCAAGUUUUCUGUAAUGGCGUCCCUACAGAGUUGGCUUUGCUGUACAUGGUAGAAAAUGGUCCUGGGGAAAUACCUAUUGACUUUUCCAAUGAAUACACUGCAUCGUGGAUGUGCUUAUCACUACUGGGAGCAAUCGCUUGCUCAGGCGGGGGAACAUGGGCUUCAGAGAUAGGUCCUGUACUGAGUAAAGGUGCACCAAGGUUAAUAACUACCUGGGAAAAAUGUCUUUUUUUUCCUUUUAUAGGUACCAAUGGAGGUGUCACUCCAGUAGGUCUCAUUGCAAGUCUUCUCGGCGGACUGUUUGUGGGUGUAGCAUAUUUUCUAACUCAGCUUAUGUUUGUGAAUGAUGUUGGACCAUUGCAGCCCCACAGUGGCCAAUUGUUAAUUUAUGGUGCAAUGGCUGGUUUACUUGGAUCUGUAAUAGAUUCCUAUUUGGGUGCAAUCAUGCAAUUUCCAGGUUACGAGGAAAAUACAGGGAAGAUUGUCAAUCAACCAACCACUAAUUCAAAGCUUAUCUCUGGGAAACCUAUUUUAGACAAUAAUGCUGUGAAUUUAUUCUCAUCCAUACUUAUAGCUAUACUUCUCCCUGGAGCUGCAUGGAGUUUUUGGCCAAGAGCCUGAACUACAUUAAUUCUUUUGAAAUAAAUCUAAAAAAACAUAGUACUUAAUGAGAAAUAAUCAGUGCAUGUUAUGAAGAGUUAUGUGAUAUGGGACACUGGUUAUUUCCCUAUAUAAAUAAUGUCAAGCAAUCGUAUCAAUUCUCUGUCAUUGGCUUGCAUUGUAGUUGCCUGUUCUAUAUAUUCUAUAUGAAAUUGACAAAAAAAAUAAGCGGGCAUUAUUGCAUUACGUUUGAAGAAAGAACUGUUUACAUCUCUUAUUGACAAAUUAUCGCACUUAAUCGUCUGCAUUUGUUUUAAAAUGUUAAUGUUUGUAGAAAUACCCUUUAAAAAAGUACUAACCACUUCAUUGGGUUAGGUUUUGUAUUAAGCUUAAAAUGUAUACAAGGAGUUAAUUUUAUUAAUUUAAACUUAGGGCGCCAUUUUUCGUUCACUAGUGAUAUAGAACAAAAGAGCUCUAUUUUUUACAUAAAAUAGCUUUGUAUUUUUUUUAUGUUCACUAUUGUUAAUUAUAGCUAGUAAAAACCGUAGAUCAGUCCAUUCCUUCACUGUUUUUAAAACCUUGUUUUAUUUAUAUAAUUAUUAAAAGAAAAAUAUAGGUAAUGGUUAAUUAGAUAAUUUGUUCAUUCACUUAUUACACAGCAUGAUGACCUAUGUUUUCAAAUUCAUAUAAUACAUGCAGAAAAAUUAUUCAGUAAUGUUUGUCGAGCAUUUGGCUCUCACUUUAUCUAACUUGUGUAGCAUUAAAUAAAAUACAAUAAUGGGUAAGAAAGUUAAAUAUAAAAAGUAAAAAAUUAGUGAUAGCCGUUCUCACAUUUUUAAAUGUAUAUAUUUUUUUUUUUAUUAUUCCUGUAAAAUCACAGAAAUGUUAUACUGCAUCUUUGUCUAGCGGACAUUACCAUGCAACACUUUUAGACAUUCUAUGUGUGCCUCAACUUUACAACACACAGCAUUCUCUUAUAUUUAUUACUUUUUUCUAUAUAUGCUGAAGUAAGAAAUAUAUAGGACAUAAUAAGAAUUCUUAAUUCUAUAUAGAACUUGGACUUGGAUUUUUCAUACUAUGGUGGUAUAAUUUCACUGACUAUAUAUUAUAACUUCCUAAAGAUCUAGGAUAACCCUGCUCAAGUUCCCUUUCUGUUAUUCUGUUGCAUUAAAUGAUGCAACACCAUGAACAAGUAAAUCAAGUUAUUAAUCCUGGUUGUAAAAAUCUUAUUAAUACUGUGUACUGUAACUAUGGAGUAUCUCUGAUUUCACUCCGAAAUUUCAUAUAGAAGAGGCCUGAAGCAAUUUCGGUUGAGCAUUUUAUCAUUUGUGUAGUUGAUAGAUGGCCAUUUUGCUAACUUUAUUUGUACUUCACUUGGGUUGCCUAAAGACAGAAAAAAAGAAUCCUGUACAGUUCUCAGCAAAAAUGUUUCUGAGCCACUUUCUGAAACCGUGCAUUCCACUGGUGUUGGACUGUAAUGUACUGAGUCCUAACUAAAGGUACAAUUAUUCCACAAAGUUUUGCACGCCUUGACUUGAGAAUAAACUUUUUGAGAUGAUUCAACUCCAAAACGUACUCCCUUAAUAUAUACACUUACCUCUGAUAUAGUGUAACAAUGUGCUCCUCUAGGGGACAGGGUUGCAUAUCUGAAUGGAGAGGAGGGAACCUCCAUUUUAGGUAGGUGAGAGGUGAUACAGGCAAGUUUGAGAAUUGGAAAGAUUCUGCAGGAAGCAGUUCAGUCAGGCUAAGCUAGCUAGUGGUCAGUUUUUUUGCACCCUACUCUAUCUUCCUUGGUGGAGAAACGGCAGAUGGCACCUUUCAGAUGAUCUUGACAAAGUUGAUUGCAUUUAAUCUAAUCUCUGCUGCAGAGGAUGGAGAGAAGAGCAUUGACCUUCAGUAAGGAGAACCAUGCCUCCAGAGUUCCUUAAUCUGUAGAUGACAUUGCACAGCAUUCUAAGCCAGGAAUUCUGUCAUUCCAUAUUUGUUCCAAGUUUGUUUGUUUUUUACAUUUUGCAGCAUUUUUUUUAUCUUUUACCAUUAAGCUUUUUUUGUUUACAAUCUGUGUCAAUCUUUCCACAACAUUCACAUAAUUUUGUUUUUUUCUUUGCAGCACAUUAUGGUAUUUCACCGUUUAAUAAUUGUUUGGUGCAAUGCUCAUCUUUUCAGUUAGGUGUUUUCUAAUUGUAUGUAAGCAUCUUGCAAUGUUUCAUACAUCUGGUGUGCUACCUGGAUUCUUCUUAUGGAGAGACUGCUGGAAUCUGAAUUUGUCUUUGUUUCUGACUUUGUGUAUUAUUUGAAUUGUGUUACUGGACUCUUACUUUGCCAUUGUUCCUGAACUCUGUGUGGCCUGGUUUGUUACUGAUCACACUUCUGAUUAUCUUCUUCCCUGUAUUCUGAAUUGCAUCCUUGACUCUGAAUCUUUUGCUAUCCCUGUAGCAGUAUUUAGUUGCCUAUAUAGUAUCAGGUUGCUGAAUUGUUGAGGGCAACUUGUUGCUAUAGGUCCUCUAGGUUUUUAUUUGAUUGGAGAAUUAAAGAAAAUAUAUUUUAAAGAUACUUUGUGGAAUAAUUUUUUCUUCCAAUCAAAAUAUUGCUGGAAGCUGCAAAGGAAAUCGCAAACCAUGAGUGAGUGAUAAGGAAAAUAUGUUAUAAUUUUCCAUGGAUGUUUCCUAAAGUUAUUUAGUAUUUGCACUUAUGUUUUAAGGAAGAGUUUCAAGAGUUCUGCUAUAUUAUCCUUUUUAAUGGUGAUGAAAUUAGGGGAACUCCUAAACAUUUUGUGUUAUUGGCAUGGUAUAAGAAUGGAAUAAUUUUUAAGAAAUUGGUAGCAGUUAGUCCCUUUGUAUAUUGGCAUACAUUUGUAGUUGGUUAAUAUCACCUUUUGUGCAUCCUUUAGGGUGCAUGAAGAAUGCUAGGUUAAUAUGGGUCUACAGUAGCACUUCUUAAAAUGUGUCUGCUUUUUUAAAUUACCGUUCGCUCAAUACAAAUCUUAAUGUUGGGGGCAUAUGGGUGGGUUAUGUGUUUCAAGAUAGAGGGAAGUCUUUGCUGAAAAAACAUGUUGGGCUAGGCAAAAAGGGGUCAAACCACAAUGUACUUUAAAUCGACACAUCCUUGGCUUGCUUAGAAGAGGUGUGGUUAGAAAGUAUUUAAUUUUUUUGUCACAAGGUUUUAACGGUGUCUUAAUUAUUCUAAUCUUAAUUUGGUUUUCCUAGUUUCUUGAGACUUUUAAUUAGAAAUUGAUGGAAGCAUGUGAGGCCAUCUUUUUAGCCCUUCAUUGACUAAGCUUUAAGUUGCACUGGUAGGAGUGGUUCUUAAAGAUUAAGAUUAAAUGAUUAUUAGCUAAUGAUGAUUAUUGAUCCAGAAUGCACAUCACUGCAAUUUUAUUCCUUUGAUCAGGUGGUACAGCUGAUAAGGGUUUCUAGAAAUAGAGUAUUGAUAGUGGUAGCUGACAUUGAGACUGACUUUUGUUACCUGUCUGAUUAUUUGAUAGCUGACUAGGAUGGUACUUCUAAGAUGUGUUCUGCGUUGAUAUUUGGCUUCAUAUCAGUUGUUCUACCUUGUUUACCUGAUGCAACUGUGGUUCAUUUUUAUAAAAAAAUUUGUUUUGUUUUCUUUAUUUUUCUUAAGGUUCACCAUUGCAAUAGUGGUUGGUAGGCCAUUCCUCCAUGUGGUGAGCAAGUAGGAGAGCAGUAAGGAAUGAUGGGCUACAUCUGGAACUAUUCUGGCUACAAUUUAGAGGGUUAAGAUGGCAGCACGUAUUGCAUAAAUUAAUUUGUAUGCUAAUUUGUUUGGCCCAUCUCAAAAAUGAUUUAUUCAUGCAGUUUGCAGUGAUUUAAUUUGUGUUUGUUUUUGUUUUUUAAAUUUAGAAGGAACUUGUUAGAUUCAUUAAGUAGGAUUUAGGAAUAUUAUUAAGAUCUAGUUUUCACGGGUAAUUAUGUUCAAAAUACCUGUGUGUCACUGGAGCUUAGCUAGUUACCUUGUGAGAAAGUUAACAAAUGUAUGUCUAGAUUAUUUAAUACAUGGGGAAGGGGUAGCUUUAAUGCUUAGAUGGUUUGAUAGGGAAGGUAGGAAAGUAGUGCACAACUGGAUGGAGGUGACAAGAAUGUGCCAGAGGAGCUUGCCCAGAGAGGGGUAUGAGGCUUACUUUGACAAGGUUGUUACUGAUGGGCACUAAUAGGGUGGUUACUCCCAGUUUGUUGGGAUCCCAGCCUACAAAUAAAUUACCAUUAUACCAUAACAUGGAAGUGGUUCUUUUCUCACUCGCUAAUAAAGUUGUGGCCUUUGCUGUACCUAAGCCUAGUUGUUUUUUUAUUUGUGGGUAGAUUAGGGAACUGGGGUUUAUUAGAGGGCUGAAUUCAGAUCAAAUUGGUCAAGCACAGAGAACAGGCAGUGUUGCACCACUUAAAGGGACAGUACACUUGAGAUUUCUAAAAAAACAUUUUUCUUUUUAGUUUUCUGUAAUGAAACAACCUUGCAAUAUACUUUCAUUAUUUAAUUUUUCUUCUUUUCAUGUAAUUCAACUCUGAAUUGAAGGGUUUUGUCAUUCUCAGAAUGCCCAUAAAUGAGCUUUUAAUGGCAUGAAAUAUUUUAUAUUUGCUUCUGUAAUGUUAUCUGAUAAAAAAACAAAUUUAAUCAGUUAUGUAUAUUGUCUUAUUAAAGUCCGAAAUGAAUGUUUUAGUUGAAGGCUAAAGAAUGUGAAUGUAACGGAUAAAAUGUUUAGUACACAGCUGGUAGCUUUGUUAAUGAAUAAUCAUUGGGAUGUGAAGAAUGUUGCAAACUAUUGAUUAGUGGAGCAUAAGUUAUAUGUAUAUACCAACUCUUGGGAGCGAUGCAGGGGCUAACCUGAUAGGACCCAAAAACAUGCUACCUCCAGCACCAUACGGAAGGAGAGUUGUGACCCUUGAUUAAUUGUCUGUUUAUGCACAGUUACCUUUGCUGGUCAUACUCAAGCCUUCCCACUGACUUUGUUUUAUUUCUGCCAUUUUGCAUACACUUAAACAGUUUUAUCAUUGGUUAAAACAAUUUAUUAGUACUGCUAUUUACUGCUAUUUACAGUGUUCAAUUUUUAGAUUUGUUGUUUUCACAGAUUGGAAUGUUUAGGUAAUGUUUACUCUUUAAUGUAUCAUUUUUCAUUUAUUAAUUUCAAUAAAUUAUGAUUUAUUUCUAAUAAAUUCCCAUGCUUUCUUAUAAAA